AUGGAUAUUAGUAAACCUGUUGGUUCAGAAAUUACUUCCGUGGAUUUCAGUGUCUUAUCCGCUAAGGAUAUUAGAUCACUUUCUGCUAAACAGAUUACAAACCCAACAGUCUUAGACAAUUUAGGUCAUCCAAUAUCUGGUGGUCUUUAUGAUUUAUCUCUCGGUGCGUUUUUAAGAAAUUUAUGUACUACUUGUGGUUUAGAUGAAAAAUUUUGCCCUGGUCAUUUAGGUCAUAUUGAAUUACCUGUUCCAUGUUACAGUCCACUUUUCUUUAACCAAUUGUACAUUUAUUUGAGAAGUUCAUGUCUUUACUGUCAUCAUUUCCGUUUAAAGUCCGUAGAGAUUCAUAAGUAUGCUAUGAAAUUGAAAUUAUUACAAUAUGGUCUUAUUGAUGAAUCUUAUCAAUUAGAUGAAAUUACUAUUGGUGAUUUACAAGAUUUCAUUGAAGAUGUCGAUGAGGCUGAAGAAGAUAACACUUUAGAAGAUGAUGAUAAUGAACCAAAGAAGAAAUUUUCUUCUAAGAUUGACCCAGCUAAAUUAGUAAGAGAAUUGAAGAACAAACGUACUGAAUUUGUUAACAUUUGUAUUGCUAAAGCUAUCUCAUGUGGUAAGACCACCGAGAGAGGUACUUUCACUGCUACUGUUAGUGAUGAAAGAAAGAAAUUGAUCCACGAUUUUCACAAGAGAUUAUUAUCUAGACCAAAGUGUGACAAUUGUGGUAUGUUCUCACCAAAAUUUAGAAAGGAUGGUUUUACCAAGAUUUUCGAAAAUGCUUUAACUGAUAAACAAUUGACUAAUAACAGAGUUAAAGGUUUCAUUCGUCAAGAUAUGAUUAAGAAACAGCAACAAGCAAAGAAGUUGAACGGCGAAGAUACUUCUAAUGACGAACCAGAUUUUGAUAUUGGAAGAAAUCCAGACUCAAGACCAAAGACUGGUUCUACAUAUAUCUUAUCUACUGAAAUUAGAAACAUUUUAAAUUCCGUAUUCAGAAAAGAACAACAAGUUCUUCAAUAUGUUUUUCAUGCCAAACCAAAUCUGUCUAAAAAAUAUGUUUCCGCCAACUUAUUUUUCAUGGAUGUUGUGGUUGUUCCACCAACUAGAUUCCGUUUACCAUCUAAACUAGGUGAAGAAAUUCACGAAAACAGUCAAAAUCAACUUCUGUCUAAGAUCUUAACAACCUCUUUAUUAAUUAGAGACUUGAAUGAUGAAAUGUCCAAGUUAGAAAAGGAUAAGGUUUCUUUAGAAGAUAGAAGAAUCAUUUUCAGUAGAUUAAUGAAUGCUUUUGUUACCAUUCAAAAUGACGUUAACGGAUUUAUCGAUUCUACUAAGGUCCAAGGUAACAAUGGUGGUAAACUUCCAGUACCAGGUGUUAAACAAGCCUUAGAAAAGAAAGAAGGUUUAUUCAGAAAACAUAUGAUGGGUAAGCGUGUUAACUAUGCUGCUCGUUCUGUUAUUUCCCCAGAUCCAAAUAUCGAAACUGAUGAAAUUGGUGUCCCACCAGUUUUUGCUACUAAAUUAACAUACCCAGAACCUGUUACUUCAUACAAUAUUGCAGAAUUACGUCAAGCUGUCAUCAAUGGUCCAGAUAAGUGGCCAGGUGCAUUACAAAUCCAAAAUGAGGAUGGCUCCUUAGUCUCUUUGAUUGGUAUGUCUUCAGAACAAAGAAAAGCUUUAGCAAACCAGUUAAUGACUCCAUCCUCCCAAAAUGCUGCCACUCAUACUAUUAAUAAGAAGGUUUACCGUCAUAUUAAGAACAGAGAUAUUGUUAUCAUGAACCGUCAACCAACUUUACAUAAGGCUUCUAUGAUGGGUCAUAAAGUUAGAGUGCUACCUGGUGAAAAGACUCUUCGUAUGCAUUACGCUAAUACUGGUGCUUAUAACGCUGAUUUUGACGGUGAUGAAAUGAAUAUGCAUUUCCCACAAAAUGAAAACGCUAGAGCAGAAGCCUUUAACUUAGCUAACACCGAUUCUCAAUAUUUGACACCUACAUCUGGUUCUCCAGUUAGAGGUUUGAUUCAAGAUCAUAUUUCUGCCGGUGUUUGGUUAACCAAUAAGGACAGUUUUUUCACAAGAGAAGAAUAUCAGCAAUAUGUAUACGGUUGUAUUCGUCCAGAAGAUGGUCACUCCACAAGACCAAAGAUCAUCUCUGUGCCUCCAGCUAUCAUGAAACCAGUUCCACUUUGGACUGGUAAACAAAUCAUUACUACUGUUCUAUUAAACGUAACUCCAGCCGAUAUGCCAGGUAUUAAUUUGACAUCUUCCAAUAAAAUCAAAAACGAAUACUGGAGUAAACAUUCCGAAGAAAACACUGUUUUAUUCAAGGAUGGUGCACUUCUAUGUGGUAUUCUAGAUAAAUCUCAAUAUGGUUCCACUAAGUACGGUAUUGUCCAUUCUUUACAUGAAGUUUACGGUCCAUCUGUUGCUGCCAAGACACUUUCUGUUCUAGGUAGACUAUUCACCAAUUAUAUCACAGCAACAGCGUUCACUUGUGGUAUGGAUGAUUUACGUUUAACUGAUGAAGGGAACAAAUGGAGAUCUGAUAUUUUGAAAACAUCUGUUGACACGGGUCGUGAAGCUGCUGCUGAAGUAACCAAUUUACCAGCAGAUACUGCUGCCAACGAUCCAGAACUAUUGAAACGUUUAGAAGAAAUUCUUCGUGAUGAUAAUAAAUCUGGUAUUCUAGAUGCUGUUACCUCUUCCAAGGUUAAUGCUAUUGCUUCUAAGGUUGUUGCUAAAUGUGUUCCAGGUGGUACUAUGAAGAAGUUCCCAGAAAAUUCCAUGCAAUCUAUGGCUCUAUCUGGUGCUAAAGGUUCUAAUGUCAACGUUUCUCAAAUUAUGUGUUUGUUAGGUCAACAAGCUUUAGAAGGUAGAAGAGUUCCUGUUAUGGUCAGUGGUAAAACAUUACCAUCUUUCAAGCCUUAUGAAACCGAUGCCAGAGCUGGUGGUUAUGUUAAGGGCCGUUUCUACUCAGGUAUUAGACCUCAAGAAUAUUAUUUCCAUUGUAUGGCUGGUCGUGAAGGUUUGAUUGAUACCGCUGUUAAAACAUCUAGAUCUGGUUACUUACAACGUUGUUUAACCAAGCAAUUGGAAGGUGUUCACGUUUCUUAUGAUAACAGUGUUAGAGAUGCCGAUGGCACCUUGAUUCAAUUCUUAUAUGGUGGUGAUGCCGUUGAUGUAACAAAGGAAUCUCACAUGACAAAGUUCAAUUUCUGUGUUGAUAACUAUGAUGCUUUCUUGAAGAAAUAUGAUCCAGCUGCAUUAGUUGAACAUCUAGAUGUUGAAAGUGCUUUGAAGUACUCCAAGAAGACUCUGAAGAACAGAAGAAAACAUGAAAAAGAACCACAUUAUGAACAAUCUACUAAAUAUGACCCAGUAUUGGCAAAAUACAAUCCUGCCAAAUACCUUGGUUCUGUAUCUGAAAACUUCCAGGAUAAAUUAGAAGGUUUCUUAGAUGACAACUCUAAAUUAUUCAAGUCUAAAGAUAACAUUAGUGAGAAGAAGUUCAGGGCUUUAAUGCAAUUAAAAUAUAUGCGUUCUCUGAUUAAUCCAGGUGAAGCUGUUGGUAUCAUUGCUUCUCAAUCUGUCGGUGAACCAUCUACUCAAAUGACAUUGAACACUUUCCAUUUUGCUGGUCAUGGUGCUGCCAACGUUACCUUAGGUAUUCCACGUAUGAGAGAAAUUAUUAUGACCGCUUCUUCUGCUAUUAAAACUCCACAAAUGACUCUACCAAUCCUAAAGGAUGUUUCUGAUGAAAAUGCAGAUACUUUCUGUAAGUCUAUUUCCAAGGUUGUUCUAUCAGAAGUUAUUGAUAAGGUCACUGUCACUGAAACUAGUGGUUCAACUGCUAAUAAUACAAACGCUCGUGCCUAUGCUAUCAAUAUGAAAUUCUUUGACUUUGCUGAAUAUAGUGAAGAAUACGAUAUCUCUAAGGAAGAAUUACAGGAUGUUGUUUCCGAAACUUUCUUACAUGCGCUAGAAACCGCUAUUAUUAAGGAAAUCAGAAAACAAAAGAAGACUGCUCUACCCGAUGUUGGUGUUGCUGUACCAAAGGUUCAAGAAUAUUCAGAGUCAUCCAAGAAACUCGAAGAAGAUAAUGACGAACAGGAAGCUCAUAAGAAGACGAAACAAGCUGUUUCUUAUGAUGACCCAGAUGAAGAUGAAAUUGAAACUAUGAGACAAGCUGAAAAGUCUUCUGAUGAGGAAGACUUGGACUCUGAUAUGGAUUCUAGCAGUAGUGAUUCCGAAUCUGAUGAUGAGGAUAAUGAAGAUAUUGAAGGUGUAUUAUCUAGAGCUAUUGAUGAAGCCAAUAAGAAUAUGAGUAAGACUCAACGUGAUAGACAAUCUGCUAUUGUUUCUAAUCACAGAUUUAUUACCAAAUACAACUUUGAUGAUACUGAAGGUAAGUGGUGUGAGUUCAGAUUAGAACUAGCCGCUGAUACCGAAAAGUUGCUGAUGGUUAACAUUGUAGAAAAUAUCUGUAGAAAGAGUGUUAUCAGACAAGUUGCCCAUAUUGACCGUUGUGUUCAUCCUGAACCAGAAAAUGGUAAGCGUGUUUUGGUUACUGAAGGUGUUAACUUCACAUCAAUGUGGGAGCAAGAAGACUUCAUUGAUGUAGACGGUAUUAGAUCAAAUGAUAUUGCUUCUGUCUUAAAGACGUACGGUGUUGAAGCUGCUAGAAAUACAAUUGUUUACGAAAUCAAUAACGUUUUCUCUCGUUAUGCUAUUUCUGUCUCCUUCCGUCAUUUGGAUUUAAUCGCGGAUAUGAUGACAAGACAAGGUUCAUACCUGGCCUUUAACAGACAAGGGAUGGAAACUUCCACCUCCUCCUUGAUGAAGAUGUCAUACGAAACCACCUGUCAAUUUUUGACCAAGGCAGUCUUGGAUAACGAACGUGAAGAACUACAAUCUCCAUCUGCAAGAAUUGUUUUAGGUAAACUAAAUGGAGGUGGUACUGGUUCAUUUGAUGUUCUAGCCAAGGUUCCAGCAAGAGCCUAA